AUGGCUUCUGCUGUAGCAUACGACCCUUACGACGAUAUAGACAACAAUCCGUUUUCAGAACCUCGAGAAACGACGACAAUCCCGCAAGAAAGUGGGGCUCAUGAGACUGAUGAUCCCAGCGAGACUAGUACUCCCACAGUGCAGCAUGAAAACCCUCAAAGUGAUGAGAUGAGUUUAGAAUUGGUGCCGGAACGCAAGGCAAACAAAUUUCAGUUGGUAGUGAAGGUCACUGGAUUGGAAAGGAUAGGAACGUUCACAAACAAAAAGGAGAACCCUACUCUAAAAUUUGAUGUCUCUACGAACUUGCCUACAUUUCGCAAACCACAGCACCGAAAUAUCAAAAAGACUAUGACCGAGUUUCAAAACCUAUUCACUUUUUUGAAUGGAUCGAUUCCAGAAACUUUUGUUCCGGCGUUGCCUGUAGCCCAUACCAAUUAUGGGAUCAGUAACUCCGAAGAUUACUACAAGACCGUGAAGAACUUCCAAGAAUGGUUUGAUCGGAUUGCAGCAGAUCCACUCAUCCUUCGAAGCGAGGAAAUUGCAUUUUUUAUUGAGAGCGAUUUCAAUACGUAUACACCUGUAGGGAAAAGCAAACUACCGGUUUCUGGCUUGAAGAGAAAGACAUUGAAACAAUUGACCCCCCCAUUUGAUGAAUGCCUUGAACUGGCCGAGUUUAGACCCCUAGUGAAGUCCAUACGCCACUUGAGCCAAGAUAUUCAAUUAAAAUUAUUGAAACUUAGUAAACUACGCAAAUCCGUCUCUCAAGACGAAAAUGCGGUAGGUAAAGGUUUUAAGGAGAUGGCCCAAGACCCAUCGCAAACACAAUCACAUAGUAAGUUUUACAUCAAAUUCGGGAAGACUUUAACAGCCGUCGGUGACAUUGAUAGUGUGAUGGCAACCUUGGAUGUGGCCACUUUAUAUGACGGCUUGGAGUGGAUAGCCCAAGACACGUAUGUGGUAAAAGAAUCUCUUACGAAUCGUCACUUUUUGAUGCGAGAUUUGCUACAAGCACAACAAAACUCAAGAUUUAGACAAGAACAAGCCCGCAAACUGCGUGCAAAGAGGGAUGUGAGCCCAUUAAAAGUGGACGAUGCCAUUAGAGCGCUGAAGGUCGCUACAACCACCGAACAUGAACUGACGCUGAAGCUACGCCGAAUUACCGCAAAUAUGUUGCUUCAGAAACGUGAAUGGUUAGAAUGGUAUGACAAAACCUUGAUCAACAGUAUCAAAGAGUACACAGUGCGCAAGAUCGAGUAUGAACGCAAAAAGCUCUCACUUCUGGAAAGGAUUCGUUCCGAUGUUAGGGCUGUUGACGAAGCAGGCGGCCUUUCGAGACUUGGCCGGGGCACAGGCGUUGUGAGAGAUGGAUCCACGGCGACCAAACCUUCUCAAAGUGCGCAAGGCGAUAGUUGGACCAAUGAUCGGAGAUCUCGCGCUUUUGAACCAUCGGUUUUGAAAACAGAGUUUGACGCUUCAUUGGAAAAUGAACAAGGUGUUGACGAGAUUACAGAAGAUCAGUAUACUUUGGAUGCUAGAAGUGCAGCCCAUCUACUUGGAUCAAGUUCAUUUUAG